UCAGAUGGUGUUAUCGCUAUUUUAAGGUUAGGUCUUUUGUUUUGUUGCAAUGUAAUGUAAUGUAAUGUUAUCACAGUGUUAUCACUGAAUCCUGAAUCAGUGGUAUGAUGCAUAACAUUGAAGUGAUCUUGGUAAUUACGAAGGGAUAGACGACUUGUUUUAUUAAUACCUCGCACGAUAUGGAGCUAUAAAUGAAGAUGACCAAGAUGAUUGCUGGUCGAUUUUUACAGGGAGUCCUUCCAAAGGCAACAGAUCUUGUACAUACGAUCCACACUAAUCCUGCUAUUAGAUAUUCUACUUUGAAUAUUGUUUCAAAUAAAAUCAAGCCAGCAUUAGAACCAUUCAGGACAUCACCGACCUAUAAUAAUCGACUGUAUAAAAAUUUUGGACACAAAGACCCAGAGCCCAGACACAAACCUGGAUCAUUCAUAGCAAGAUACAUAUCUUGUUUCAAUGUGUUUCUAUAUAUUUGUCCUGUUCUCAUCUUCCUCAACUGGAAAAUGGUUGGUCAGAAGUUGGACAUACACUUGUUUGAUGACUACAGAGCGACAGAAAAUCUAGAUCACCUUUAUCCUGAAAGGCCUUCGGGUCCUCUUGAUUGAGUGAAUUUGGUCACGAAAAGGAGAGACAAGAUAACUCUUUCUUUCUUCCUUUGUUCCCCCCUCUCAACAAACACAUUUUUUGUUAAAAAACUUUUUUUGCUUUCUAUUCUGUUAGGAGUAUAACAUUAGACUUGUUACUUUUGCAACAUUUAAAAUGGUAUGAAAGUUUCCUGUUUAAUGUUAAUCAGUGUGUCACUCGACCACAAGAGUGGAGGUCACAAAAGUGUUUGAUUGGUUAAGAAGGGCAUAAGUCUCCUCAACGACAGAGAAUACCUACCUAACUAUAACAUGACUUUUAGCUAAUCAUGACUUACGAGGACUUUUACAACUGAGGAAAGCAUGCAUGGAUCAAUUUCAUCACCAUCUUCUACUUGUGUUUCAACUUUUUAUUUGAUUCAUUUUUGUUAAAUUUUCUGCUGUAAAUAAAUGCAUAUUAAGGAAAGAAGAA